CGCCCCAUUCGCAUCUCAUUCCUCAUUCACAUCUCUCCCUUCCUUCUCUCCUCUCUAUACCCAUAUACCCAUCCCACAAUGGCCCCUAUGGAGAAAGGCUUCAGCUGGUCCAACAUUGCUGUCGGUGCCACCAUGAACUUGUUCGAGGUCACUUCGCUCGGCCAGCCUUUGGAGGUCCUCAAGACCCAGAUGGCUGCUAACCGAAAGCAGACCAUGGCCGAGGCCUUCAAGACUGUCUACAGCCGUGGAGGUUGGACUGGUUUCUACCAGGGCUUGAUUCCAUGGGCCUGGAUCGAAGCUUCCACCAAGGGCGCCGUCCUUAUCUUUACCAGCGCCGAGAUUGAAAAAUACUCGACCAAGGCCUUUGGCCUCAACCCUGCGGCUGCCGGUAUGCUGGGUGGUGUCGGAGGUGGUAUCGCUCAGGCUUAUGCCACCAUGGGCUUCUGUACAUGUAUGAAGACUGUCGAGAUCACCCGACACAAGCAAGCCUCCGCCGGUGCCCCCGUCGAAUCCACCUUCAAAGUCUUCCUCGACAUUUACAAGCGAGAAGGUCUCGCGGGUAUCAACAAGGGUGUCAACGCUGUUGCUGUGAGGCAGGCUACCAACUGGGGAUCCAGAUUUGGUUUCGCGAGGCUGGCCGAGGAUGGGUUGAGAAAGGUGCGGGGUAUCAAGGAUGGCGAAAAGCUUGGUGCGAUGGACAAGAUUGUGGCGAGUACGCUUGGUGGUGCUUUGGCAACUUGGAACCAGCCUAUUGAGGUUGUCCGAGUCGAGAUGCAAUCCGCCAUCAAGUCUCAAGAUCCUUCCCGCCCGGCCAAAAAGACUGUCCUCAACACCUUGUCGUACAUCUACAAGACCAACGGUAUUACCGGUCUUUACCGUGGUGUCGCUCCUCGAAUUGGUCUCGGUGCUUGGCAGACUAUCUGCAUGGUCAGCUUUGCCGACUAUGUAAAGGCUUUCAUCAACCCCGCCGCCGCCACCCCUGCCUCCCCUGCCAAAUAAGCGACGAUAAACCCCUUCCCUUGACCGCACACCGUAUACCCCCCUGCCUGUACAAGAUUUAUGACCCCUUUCUCCCGAGGGAACAAAAGUACCAGAUGAGUAUAGGAAGAAGCAAGUAGUUAUCGUCACGAAAAGUUGUCUAUCAAAGCGACGAAUUGGAGAGUUUCCUUUCAAUAGAUGGAGAGGAGUUUUUAGACGUUUUCUCAUUUUGGGUAAAACAUGCCUAGAUGCAUUGUUAGAUAUGGAC